AUGGCAUUUGAAACUUACGUGGUCAUUGAAGGGCUUGGCAACAGUGCUUACAGAUGGAGAUCGAAGUUCGAAGGAGGCUGCUCGCGAGACGGCUGGGCUUCCUUCAAUAGUGGUGCUAACAUUUUGAAUAAUAAACCGGGAGCUGACAAGCGGUCUGAAUUUCUGCUAGGACAAACGCUACUGGCAAGGGGGCUUGCUGAUGUAAACACCCUUCUCCUUUACUGGUUUAUCUUAGAAGAUCCCCGGAGAGCAAGAAGAGCACCACCAUCUGCUCCAACCCGCCGACUGGUAGAUCCGUUUUGGUUCUUAACAGAAUCAACGAGAGACCCCUCCGAGCACAAGGCUAAUUACCAAGUAUUUUCAGGUCAACUACACUGAAAGCAAACUAAAAGAUUACAUUGAUCCAGAUUAUGAUAUGCUCAAGGUCAGGUUUGCAAAGAGUGAUCGACACACCCAUUGUCGCAUCAUCGUAGGAACCGACAAGACAGCUACCGUAACAACCAACUGGUCUGAGUUCCGCCGCCUUGCAAAAAUCCAUGAAGGAGACAUCUGUGCCUUUCUUUUUCAAGGUCACCACAGAGCAACACCUGGUUCUCAUCAUGCAUUGCCUUUAGAUGAACCAUUGAUAGCAACAGAAGUCGUAUCUAGAUAUCAUCUAGCAUUCUAAGGACUACUAAUCAAGCUCUGUAAUAGGAUGAAGCCUUCCUCUGUUUUUCGACGAUGCUAUCUGUUGCUUUUGAACAGCUACCACCUAUGCUUUUAUCUAUAUAACCUCUGUUGUUGUUCCUCAUCGAUCUAUUAAUAUGCAUAAUGCCACCCUUAUCUAUAA